CAGAAAAACAGGAAACCCAUUUACAUUGCAGUUUGAACUGAUGAAAAAUAAACAAAACAAAAAAUAAAUAAAUCAAAGGAUAAAAAAACUCCAGUGUCCUUGACUCCUUGCUGGUCGCUAUUCCAAACAAAUUUCGCGCUUUUCAUUACUCGAAGGUACAGUUCACAGUGAUUCACAGCAAAGGAUUUUUCCUCUAAAAACUUCCGACAUAUUUUGCAGACACAUAAACAAUGAUGGCAUCAAACGUGAAAUGGGCAAGAAAUUUGAACAAGAGCCAACUCGGUGGUGUCAUAUUUGGUUGCACGCAGAGCACUAUGAAGGAAUGUCUAGCCAACCAACUCUUUGGACUGCCAGCACAUCACUUUUCGUACGUAAAGAACAUUGAGCCAGGCCUGCCGCUAUUUUUGUUCGAUUACAGCGAAAGGAAACUCCAUGGCAUCUAUGAAGCUGCGAGCUCAGGCAAAAUGGGUAUCGAUUCAUAUGCUUGGACUGCAGAUGGUUCAGAUAGAACGAAGUACCCAGCACAGGUCCAAAUACGUCUUCGCCUGCAAUGCCAAGCUCUUCCCGAAUAUCAGUUCAAGCCAAUAAUCGUUGACAACUAUUACAGUCAGUCCCAUUUCUGGUUCGAGUUGGAUCAUGCUCAAGCAAGCAAGUUGAUGUCCAAGCUCUCGUCUUUAGCAGUUGCUCCAGGGACAUCUGUCCCUCAGAAUCUUCCGAAUUGGGCUGCUGUUGCCAAGAGAGGUGAAAGCGGACCUUCGUAUCCUCCGAUUUCGGAGGAUGAUUUCAUGAAUAUCCAUGACUCCAUUGGCUCAUCCACCACUUCGGAUGAUUCUUUCUUUAUGAAUGGAAACAAUCAAUUGAUGGAUGCACCUUCGCAUGGCCAAAUGUUGGAAUUUGACGAGAAGGAUCUUAUUUACAUGAAAUUGAAAGAAAUGGCCCUCGGUUGUGAGUUCUUGGAUGGAUGCACAAGUGAUGUGAAUCUGGAGCAUGAAAGCCACGAUGAUGACGUGGUGACUGUGGAGAUUAGGAAUGGUGGGAGCUCUUCGGAGUCAAUCGACUAUCUUACUCUUAUAGGAAAGUUAUGCAGGGAAGUGGAAGAGCUAAAGUCUUUUAGGCGAGAGCAGUCUCAAAAGGUGGAAAGUUUGCAAAAGAAAUUGGCGGAGGCAGAACAAGUAAUCCAUGGACUGGAAAACAGAUUCAUGAAAUUGGAAAACAUAUCCAGAACUUCCAUGGGACUUCCUGGUGAUGAGGUGCCGCUCGAGUCUCUUGAUGAAGUUCAAUUUAAUCUUAACGAGUCGAUAUUAUUGGUGGGUGGAUUUGAUGGUGCAUCGUGGUCAUCUGCCCUGCAAUCCUUCUCACCUUCACAUGAUGUCUUAAGAUCGCUUAAGCCGAUGUCUUCUGUCCGUUCGUAUGCUGCAGUUGCAUGCUUUAAUGGCGAACUUUAUGUAUUUGGUGGCGGAACUGGUUCCAAGUGGUAUGAUACAGUUGAGUCGUAUGAUGCUGCAAAUGAUGAAUGGACAAAACGUGCGUGCUUGAACAAAGCUAAAGGAAGCCUAGCUGGCGCUGCUCUGAAUGGUAAAAUAUAUGCAGUUGGUGGAGGGAAUGGAGCUGACUGCUUUUCUGAUGUGGAAAUGUUCGAUCCAUAUGUUGGACGGUGGAUUUCUGCACGCUCGAUGCUAGAAAAGAUAAUUAUUUUUAUAACUCACGUGCCUUCUCUUCUUUCGUUUGUAAAGCGUUUUGCUCUUGCUUCUGUGGAGCUUAAUGGUGCAAUCUAUGUUGUUGGCGGAUAUGAUGGAUAUGACUAUCUGAAGAGUGCCGAAAGGUUCGACCCUAGAGAACAUUCGUGGACCAGAAUCAAGAGUAUGGAUGCCAAGAGAGGCUGUCUCUCUCUGGUCACAAUGAAUGAAAAACUAUAUGCUAUUGGUGGUUAUGACGGUACAACAAUGGUGCCGAGUGUAGAGAUAUAUGAUCCUCGUGUUGAAGCGUGGAUGGCUGGCGAGUCUAUGAAUGAAGCUAGGGGAUACUCAUGUGCUGCUGUUCUUGCUGAAUCUAUUUAUGCUAUUGGAGGAGUUAAAGCUAACGAGGACAUUGUGGAAAAGGUUGAAUGUUACAAGGAGGGGCAGGGCUGGCAAGCAACAGAUUUGAGUGCAGUGGGGAAAACGUGCUUCGCCUCAGCUAUUGUCUUAAAAGAAGAUUGACACUUGAAAUUGCUGGGAAACUAAAUAUUGACUAAAAAAUAUUUAUCCAGACACAAUUAGUAAAUUAUAUUAUUUUUAUAAUGUUUCUGGUUCAUUAUAAAUUUAAAAACACUGAAAUAUUGUGGACAAGAAAUACUUCUUUUCUCGAACUUCUUGUUUUCGGUCAACUGUCUUUAAGACCUCAUCGACGUCCUAUGUUAACAUGAAGUGUUAUAUAUGUAGAAUGGCAUGUUACAUUCUAAGAUGAGAGUACUCCAUGGGUCUUCAUGUGUGAUGUAGGCUAACAGUUAGACAGUUGACUCAGUUGUAUUUUUGUAAUAAAAAUGCAUACUUAUGUUAUGGAAUGUAAUACUUUUUGUGUUUUGUUUUUUAGAGUAUGACAUUUAAAGCUAUGUUUGGUAACCAAAUAAAUUUAUAGCUAUAAGCUUUAUGUAUUCAAAUAAGCUUCGUUUAGUCGGACGAGCUUUUUUAAAAAGCUCGAGUUUAUCUCAUAAACUUAUUUGGAUAGCUUUUCAAAUAAGCUCGUUAAAAUUUUUAUUUCAGUUAGGUUAUCAACUAAUUUUAUCAAACACUUUU